CUCCAGUCCAAACACAGGUCACGUGCCUCGCAAUCUGAUCCGAUUUAGGUGGACAAAAACACGUUUAAAAAGGAAAAGAGUGCCAUGCGUAAAACUGCAUACUAUCAUUGCGGGAAGCCAUGCUGCCCCGAUCUGGCCGUAUUGAAGCAGGAUAUAUUGUCUGGUACUUGACGACAUGGAUGUGCAUCGUGGAGGGGUGUCUACGGUCUCCCUCUCUGGUGGACAGGGGCAGUGCGUGCAAAGUAAGAUCUAUCCAAACUCAGUCUGAGUUCGACUCUGCUAGACUUGAGGGUCUGUGGUACGCUGUUGGAAUGAAUCGGUUCUGGGUUCACAGUCUACCGAAGUCCACAGUGAUAUCUUCAACCACAGACGUAACUGUUCGCUAUAAGCUCUUGAAAGAUGGACAUCUUGAAAUUAAAACAAGUGCGGCCUUGUUUGGCGUCGCGUGCACAUCCAAUAUGGCGACCGGAAGACAAGCCGACGACAGUCAUCCGGGCAGGUUCACAGUGACCUUCAACUCACAAAUUGGACGGUUGCUAGGCGACCGAGCAUACUGGAUAUUAAGCACGGAUUACGUCAACUACUUAGUGGUCUACAGUUGUUGGAAGGUUCUCGCUGAUGGUUCCUGCAACAUCCACGAUACCUAUGUUUGGGUUUUAAAUCGAGAGCCCAAGCCAUUGAGCAAACAGCUCCAGUCAUUGGUAGAUCGUCAGAUUGAACAAGUAUGUGUUACAAAAGACGAAAUAUUAGAAGUACCAUUUGCAAAUAAAUGUCAAUAGCUGCACUACA